AUGUCUUCGUUAUUGACUAACGAAUACUUCAAAGACUACUACCACAACCCGACUCCUGUUGAAGUGGGUACUAUGAUUGCUAUCUUAGAGAUCGGCGCACUUUUUUCCUCCUUCAUAGCUGGAAGAGUAGGUGACAUCGUUGGCAGAAGAAGAACCAUUAGAUACGGGUCUUUCAUUUUUGUAGUAGGCGGUCUUGUACAAGCUACUUCGGUCAAUAUUGUCAAUCUCUCACUAGGAAGAUUGAUUGCCGGUAUUGCCAUUGGCUUUUUGACAACCAUCAUCCCAUGCUACCAGUCUGAAAUCAGCCCCCCAGACGAUAGAGGUUUCUAUGCCUGUUUGGAGUUCACCGGAAAUAUCAUUGGAUAUGCUAGUAGUAUUUGGGUAGACUACGGGUUUUCAUUUUUAGACAAUGAUUUCAGCUGGAGGAGCCCAUUGUAUGUUCAGGUUGUUAUUGGCUCCAUGUUAUUUAUUGGUUCAUUCCUUAUUGUAGAAACCCCUAGAUGGCUCUUGGAUCACAACCAUGAUAUCGAAGGCAUGAUUGUCAUUUCUGACUUGUAUGCAGAUGGUGAUGUGGAAGACGAUGAUGCUAUUGCUGAGUACAGAAACAUAAAGGAAAGUGUCUUGAUAGCCAGAGUUGAAGGCGGAGAGAGAUCGUACCAGUAUUUGUUCACCAAAUAUACCAAGAGACUUUCUGUGGCAUGCUUUUCGCAAAUGUUUGCCCAGAUGAAUGGUAUAAACAUGGUAUCUUACUAUGCUCCUAUGAUCUUCGAAUCUGCUGGCUGGGUUGGUAGACAAGCUAUCUUGAUGACUGGUAUCAACUCCAUUAUCUACAUCUUUAGUACCAUUCCUCCAUGGUACUUAGUUGAUUCUUGGGGCAGAAAACCUUUGCUUUUAUCUGGAUCUGUGCUCAUGGGUGUUCCGCUCUUAACCAUUGCUUGUUCGUUAUUCUUAAACAACACAUACACACCCGGGGUUGUGGUUGGCAGUGUAAUCGUAUUCAAUGCUGCUUUUGGAUACAGUUGGGGUCCAAUUCCUUGGCUCAUGAGCGAAGUGUUCCCUAACUCAGUUAGAUCAAAAGGUGCUGCCAUGUCUACUGCAACCAACUGGCUCUUUAACUUUAUUGUUGGAGAGAUGACACCUAUUUUGUUGGAUACAAUUACCUGGAGAACUUACUUGAUCCCGGCAACUUCGUGUGUAUUAUCGUUUUUUGCUGUUGGAUUUUUAUUUCCAGAGACCAAGGGUUUAGCAUUGGAGGAUAUGGGCUCCGUAUUCGAUGAUAAUUCGUCAAUAUUUUCAUAUCACUCAACUCCUUCCACUGGGUAUGGUGCGACCGAGUCUAACAGUAAUGCCAGGAGAGCAAGUGUCAUCUCUUCAGAAAACUACCAGGAUAGUUUGCAUCAGACAGCGGCUUCAUUGGCUAGAAAUCCUUCAAGCAUGAGGCCUGAUUACGAUGGCAUAAUCACAGGAGCUGCUACCCUUUCGCCAGUACCACCAUUAAAACCAAUAAACAUUUCCAGCAAUAUUCCGCAGGAAAUUGAACCACCAACCUUUGAUGAAAUCUUUAAGUACAAGUUGAAUGAGAUGGAA